AUGGAUAUCAUCGGAACGGCAAAGACGCUGAUCCGCAAGAUCAGGCCCAAGAACGAGAGGCGCCGCAGCAUUCCAGAAACGAAGGCCAUGUAUAGAUGCAUCGACCCUCCGAGUGACGCACCACAGAGAUACCCCGCUCAUACAAUCGUCGAGACCACCAAGUAUGCGGAGGAUCGCCAUGUCUCUACCGUCUACUCACUAGCCGGCUAUACUCCGAUGCGGAUGGACAAGAGGUGGGAUCAAGGCAAAUCUCAGCCCGCCGUCGAUGUUUUGAUGGUCGAGGAUAAAGACAAGUCAGCGAUUGACGGAAAAGCUCGUUUUACUUGCUUCCAUCUUGACGACGAUGGCCCAAUCGUUUUCUAUCCACCCUUCCGCCCAUUGUACUUCUGCUACGAGGAGAUGGUUGGUCUGCGCGAAAGUACGGAUGAUGGCUCGUUGAAAAGAUAUCUGGGAAACCUGAUUAGCACGCUUGACGAUGUACUUGGAGAGAUGCGAAAGCAAUCACAUCAACUCAAAGCCAGCGGGCUAGUCAACUUCGAUCUCGCAUGGACCUAUUUCCCCAACGGUACUAUGGUACGCAGCAGCGACUGCAACACCAAAAUGGUCUUCAGGGUUGUGGGUACUUCGUACAAGAGGUCGGAAUCUGGCACAGCCCUCGUCAUCUACGGCGAAGCGCUCAGAUUUGAUGGAGAGUCCUUCGUCUGGAUGGUCCACGAGAUUUCCAUCCAUGAGUUCUCCGGGAACAAGCCAAUUCGUAGACUGGAAUGUUAUCCAACCGAGUUUCAUCACGACCCGAAAUUGUGCGCCGACGGCGUCGAGAUUGCUGGCAUGGACGAGGUGAAGCACAAUGUUGAUGGCUCCAUUCUUGUCGACGUUGCUAGAUUCAAUAAGCCUCAGAUAAGCGACAAUGGACAUGAGCGAUGCACGAAUCGACCGAUGAUACCGCACAUAAAUGAGCUAGACAACAAGGACGGUAUUCACCUUAGGAAGAAGGGGCAGAACAAUAACAACCGACGGCCAUGA